GGGGGCGUCGCGAUGCUGCUGCGCCUGCUGCUGGCCUGGGCGGCCGCGGUGCCCUCGCUGGGCCAGGCCCCCUGGGCCACCGAGCCCCGCGCUGCCUGCGGCCAGGGCAGCUGCUACGCGCUCUUCCCGCGGCGCCGCACCUUCCUGGAGGCCUGGCGGGCCUGCCGCGAGUUGGGGGGUGACCUGGCCACUCCGCGGACCCCUGAGGAGGCCCAGCGCGUGGACAGCCUGGUGGGUGCCGGCCCGGCCAGCCGGCUGCUGUGGAUUGGGCUGCAGCGGCAGGCCCGGCAAUGCCAGCCGCAGCGCCCCCUGCGCGGCUUCACGUGGACCACAGGGGACCAGGACACAGCUUUCACCAACUGGGCCCAGCCGGCCACCGGGGCGCCCUGCCCGGCCCAGCGCUGUGCGGCCCUGGAGGCGGGCGGCGAGCAUCGCUGGCUCGAGGGCUCGUGCACGCUGGCUGUUGACGGCUACCUGUGCCAGUUCGGCUUCGAGGGCUCCUGCCCAGCGCUGCUGGAUGAGGCAGGCCAGGCCGGGCCAGCUGUCUACACCACACCCUUCCACCUGGUCUCCACCGAGUUUGAGUGGCUGCCCUACGGCUCGGUGGCUGCCGUGCCAUGCCAGGCUGGCAGAGAAGCCUCUCUGCUCUGCGUGAAGCGGCCCGAUGGUGGCGUGGGCUGGUCGCGGGCUGGGCCCUUGUGCCCGGGGACCGGCUGCGGCCCGGACAAUGGGGGCUGCGAACACGAGUGCGUGGAGGAGGUGGAUGGUCGUGUGUCCUGUCGCUGCUCUGAAGGCUUCCGGCUGGCAGCAGACGGGCAUAGCUGUGAGGAUCCCUGUGCCCAUGCCCCGUGUGAGCAGCAGUGUGAGCCUGGUGGGCCACAGGGCUACAGCUGCCACUGUCGCCUGGGUUUCCGGCCAGCCGAGGAUGAGCCGCAUCGCUGCGUGGACACAGAUGAGUGCCAGAUCGCUGGCGUGUGCCAGCAGAUGUGCGUCAACUACAUUGGUGGCUUCGAGUGCUACUGCAGUGAGGGCCACGAGCUAGAGGCUGAUGGCAUCAGCUGCAGUCCUGCUGGGGCCAUGGGUGCUCGGGCUUCCCAGGACCUUGGGGACAAGUUGCUGGAUAUGGAGGAGGAUGAAGAGGAUGAAGAUGAGGCCUGGGAGGCCUUCAAUGGUGGCUGGACAGAGAUGCCUGAGAUCCCAUGGAUGGAGGCCACGCAUCUGCCUGACUUUGGCCUGGCCUACAGACCCAGCUUCCCAGAGGAUGGAGAGCCGCCGAUGCCCUACCUGGACCCCACCUGGCCACCCCCGCUUAGUGCCCCCAGGGUCCCCUACCACUCUUCAGUGCUCUCUGUCACCCGGCCCGUGGUGGUCUCUGCCACGCGCCCCACACUGCCCUCUGCCCACCAACCCCCUAUUAUCUCUGUCACACGCCCACCCCUGGCCCCUGCCCCUCAGCCCCCCAUGAUCCCUGCCGUGCACCCAGCUCUGCCCCGUGACCAUCAGUUCUCCAUGAUCUCAGCCAGCUAUCCAGACUUGCCCUCUGCCCACAAACCCCCCAUCAUCUCUGCCACUCACCCAGCACGGCCCCCUGCCCACCAGCUCCCCAUUAGCUCAGCCAGAUAUCCUGAACUCUCCCCUGCCCACCAGCCCCCCAGGCUUCCAGUCACCCAGGUCCCUGAUACCCAGACCACUACUCAUUUGCCUCGAAUCCCAGCUAAGCACACCCCUCUGGUCACCACCUCCAGUGCCCAUCAAGCCCCUGUGACCCAAGAUGUCCCAGUCCUCAAAGCCCAGGCCACCCACCUUCCCAUUACCUCAGCUGUCCAGCCCCCUCUGACCACUACCUCCAGGUCCCGUGUGCCCCCUGCCCAUCAAGUCCCUGUGCCUGCUGCCACCCUGCCCCCAGCCCCCCACAUUCCCCUGCCCUCUCAGAGCCCCACUAACCAGACCUCCCUCACCAGCCCUACACACCCCCAUUCCAAAGCCCCACAAGUCCCAAGGGAAGGUGCCCCUGACCUCAAGCUGGCCCCAUGGCUGCCCUCAGUGGCCCCCACAGCAGCCCCCACAGCCCUGGGAGACGGCAGUCUGGCAGGGCACAGCCGGAGGGAUGACCGGUGGCUGCUGGUGGCACUCCUAGUGCCAACAUGCAUCUUCUUGGUGGUCCUACUCGCACUGGGCAUCGUGUACUGCACCCGCUGUGGCCCCCACGCGCCCAACAAGCGCGUCACGGACUGCUAUCGCUGGGUCACCCACGCUGGGGGCAAGGGCCCAACAGAACCCGCGCCCCACCGGGGCAGCCUCACAGGGGUGCAGACCUGCAGAACCAGCGUGUGAUGGGGCACAGCCCCCCUCUGCGGGGUGGAGGUAAGGAGCCUGUGUUGGACACAUGCGUCAGGCUGCACCAGGGACCCAUGGGGGCUGACCAGCUGGACAGAGGGCUUCCUGCUCCCCCGGGCCCAGCCAGGCUCCUCUCUCAGUCAACCACUAGACUUGACUCUCUGGAACUUUGCUCCCCGCCCCAGCACUCACGAGAGAGGAGAUGCUGAGGCCCCCAGGACCUCAGGGGGUGGGUGCUGGGCUCUGCUCCAAUAAACAGGGUGCCAACCUC